AUGGCCGCCCUCCCCAAGUCGCUGCGCUACUACUUGAACCGCCUGAGCCUGUCGGUGAACAAGUUCAAGAUCCGCCCGCUGAACCAGGCGAGCGCUCAGCCCGGUGACGUCAUCUCUUUUGACCUGCCCGCCAGCCACGUGUUGCUCGACUCGCUGGAGCUGACGUGGGACCUGACCACCACCAACGGCGGCGGCGCGGCGACCACCUGCCGCCUGGCGCAGGGCGUCGAGAGCGCCGUGGAGCAGAUCAGCGUGGAGAGCAACGGCUACAUGAUCGACUCGGGCUGCGCCAUGACUAAUCAGCUGUACCAGCUGUUCAUGGACUACAAGCUGGGCGCCGACAAGCGCCCGCUGCGCCGCGCGCUGCAGAACCAGACGGUCGGCAACCCCACCGGCUUCCACGCGGCCGAGCGCAUGAGCCUCAACUCCUGGCUGGGCUUCCUGGGCAGCGUGCAGCCACGCGUGAUCGACGUGUCGCUGGCGCCCCUGCGCGUUUACGUGAAGCUGGCCGGGGCCAACCGCGCCUUCAUCGGCGCCGGCGCCGCGCCCGUGACGUGUGGCAUCAACUUCGCCAACAUCACCGCCUACGUGGACUGCAUCGCGCUGGACGACGGCGGCGUGUACGAGGCGGGCGUCGCCAAGCUGAUGCAGUCAAACCCCCUGGAGCUGCCGUUCGACCGCUACUACACCACCCUGGGUGGCACGCCGGCGGGCACCCAGGACACCCUGGGCUUCAACCUGUCGACCCAGUCGCUGGACUACGUGUGCGGCGUGUGGAUGGACCCCCAGGCCGUGAGCGCCAGCAACUACGCGCCCGUCGCCUUCACGCCCGGCAGCUGGACAGACAUCCCCAGCACGGGCGGCUCCAACGCCGCCGUGGACGCCGUGGUGGCCCGCAUCAACGCCAACGCAAAGCCGGACUACAAGUCGGCCUACUUCGUGCACGGCACCGGCGCCAACACCUCCCUGGCCAGCAGCCAGUUCCAGGUGGGCGCCGUCAGCUACCCCACCUACCCCGCGACCGCGCCUGAGGCCUUUGCCCAGACCGCCGACGCGUUCGGCAUCUACCGCGCCACCAAGGGCGUCAGCAGCGCGCCGUGGCUGGACGGCCUGGCCAACUACCAGGCCCUGGGCUGCGCCCACGCCGUGAGCUUCGAGUACCCCGGCGCCGAGCCCGAGCUGCGCCUGGCGUCUGGGCUCAACACCCUGGGCAACAGCGCCGGAAUCCAGUGGGUCACCGAGGUCGCGGGCGCCGCGCGUGCCAGCAAGAUGCUGGUGGCCAAGACCACCGCGAUCGCGCGCGUGGGGCAGUACAAGCAGGUGGAAGUCAUUGCCUGA